GCUGUAAUGGCCGCUACCAUAGCAUAAUCUGAUGCUCCGGCCGCAGCUGCUUAUCCCAUCUCUAUAGUAGCAAUCAGCGCUAUACCCGGCCCGGACUUUAUAGGAGGCCCUGGGUCUGUUAGGGGCAAAGUCCCAGCGUAACGCCCAAAGCGAAGGAUCACGGGAGAUGUAGUUCGCGCCACUGCACGUUGUCUUGUGUUGUUUUGAAUAUUGAAAACUUUAUUGUUCCCGCAUACACCGGGAGAGGGGGAGAUGGCGGGGAACGAGAGCCGGCUCGUGUCUUUGCCUCUGUCCCGGAUCAAAGUGAUCAUGAAGAGCUCCCCCGAUGUGUCCAGCAUCAACCAGGACGCCCUGCUCAUCACCGCCAAAGCUACGGAGCUGUUCGUUAAAUACCUGGCGUCUUAUUCCUACAAACAUGGCAGCGGCAUAGAGACGAAAACGCUGACGUACGAUGACUUGUCACACACCGCAGAGGAGUCCGAGACGUUCCAGUUUCUUUCUGAUAUUUUGCCCAAGAAAAUCCUGGCCAGUGAAUACUUAAAGAUGUUGGCUAAGGAAGAAGAAGGAAUCCAUGAUGACCUGGAGGAUGACGACGAUGAUGAUGAGGAAGAGGAGGAUGAAGAUGAUGAUGAAGAGGAAGAAGAAGCAGAAGAGGAUGAGGAGGAGGAAGAAGAGACUGAUGACUCCGAUACAGAAGACAAAGAUUAUCAACAGGAUGAGAAUGAUGAGGAGGAUGAUGAAUAACGUUCCGCUCUUUCCGCCUUUUUGCCGGUUUAUAGACUUUUUCCAGUUGUAGAUUUAUUUUUGUACUGUUUUUAUAAUGGUUCGGCCUGACUUCCCAGCAUUCCCAAUAAAGUAUCUGAAUAGAAGGGUUUUUCUUGUGGAAAUUGUGUCCCCUUUUAUC